AUGUUGCUUCAUGUUCAAGUGCGUAGAAUUAAAUCGGACAUUAGUAUCAAUUGCUUAACUUGUAACUCUUUCUUGAUCAGUACGUUUGAAGGUUCACUUGACCUCCUACCCUCACCUUAUAGUGAAAUAGAUUCUGUUUGUCAUCAAUUUUCUGCUACAAAGGUUCCGGUUAAUUCCAGUCUACUGCAUAAGAGUAAUCAACCAUAUCUGCCUCCAUGUCGCAAUGAGGCACUAUCUUCUUCAAAUGGAGACAGCAAUUGCUCACUAAAGAGUAACAUAUCUGGAUCUUGUGAGGGUACAUAUCAGGAGCUGCAAGCAGAACUUGAAAAACGUCAAAACGUUUUCUCCUACAAAUUUGGAAAGAGUGAUGAGCUUUGGGAGUCUUAUAUGUAUCUUGAACCAACAUUGAUCCAUGAUGUCCAAAUUCAACAGGAUUCAGAACUUCAAUCUUCCAAUAUCAUCUUAGAAGAUUGUCCAAGUUCUAUCUCUGGUUUUAGUUUUCCUGAUGAGCAUAGUUUAAUUACAUAUGACGAGCCUCAAGUAGGAAUAGAUAUGCUAGAGAGUGUGGCAAUCAGAGAAGUAUGCGAGGAAUCAUACCUGUCUGGUGAAUAUCUAUCUGGUGCUCGAGAUAUUCGACCAGAACGUCGUGGUUCAACCAUUACAGGACCAGGUGGCGGUUCAGCAUUGGGAAGGGGUGUGGGAACCUGCUGUUUGUGUUUUCUGACAUAUACAUGA